GUUUCACAAUAGACGUUUAUACACCAUUCGAUAGAGAAUUUCAAGAGCUACAUUUUGCACUAUUUGUAUUUCAAGAUAGAUAAAAUCGACUUUUUGGCCUAAUGUCCGCUUAGUUGCCCACUGUGUGCAGUGGGCUAUGAAGCUAGUGUAGCUAGCUGCAGCGGGCGCUACUAGCUGAUUUUUUCAUGCAUGGGCAUUCUGAUGCAUUAAUGCUAGUAGUAACAAGUUGUUUGUUCAAAGGCGUGAACCUAAAAUAGAUUAAUUUUAUUCUUCUAGAAUCAUUGACGUCAGCUGGGGCACUGUAUUUCUAUCAGUCUUUCAGUAGCACAUUUUUCGCGAAGUGCUGAAAACUCAAUAUUCCAAUUGUUUCCUAUUAGGACACAUAGUCUAUUGGAAAACAUCUAUCCGCUCAAUUAAACCGCUGUCGAUAACAUUGCCAAAUCUCUCGAACGGAUAAGUCUGUUAGUUGCUAUUGGUGUUAGUCGAAGGUCCACUGAAACAUUAUUUCCAAGAACAAGUAAAGUGAUGUCAAUUAAAGAAUCAUAGUAAACUCAUCCUAUACGAUUUAGAGUAGUGACUUUGGGUUAUCAGUUUUCAAUCAAUUUACAAACAGAUGAAUAACUUCAACUGAUUCAAUCGGUUAAUUGAGCAGAGUUCAAUUUUAUUCUCAUCCAAGCAUUAAAAAGCAAAAACAAGAAAGUUGAAAAAGCGGUAACCCUUUAAUUUGGACGGUUUAUCAUUAUCCAGCGUAAAUUUAUUCAAUAGCGAAUCAAUCUUCAAUUGGAAUCAUCGUGAACACGGAGUCAAAUGACAAUUUAGCUGUAAGUGAACAAGACAAUGGUUCAAUGGGACGACAUGAAAAUGUUUCAACGAGAGCUGCAUGCCUUGCCGCGAACGGUAAACCAUUCGAAUUGUUUGAAUUAGAAAAUCGAUUAAGAGAUGGUUUAAAGUCAUGUAAAAUCAAAGAUGUAACACAGUUAUUCGACAGAAUAAAGAGAACAGAAAUGCGAAUUCAACAGUAUACCGACGAGACUAGAAAUGAUGAAGCUGAGGAAGAGAGACAAUAUCUGAAUGAGGUAAAACGAUUACAAGUACUUCGUGAAGACAUGGUUUUACAAUCGAUUGAAUAUCUUUCAAAGAAUAUUGACAGAUUAGAAAUGAACGAACUAGAAGACCGAUUAAGAUAUGGUUUCGAAAAAUGUAAGAUUAGAGAUAUGAUACAGAUAAUAGAGAGAAUCGAACGGGCAGAGAAACGUAUUGAACAGUAUCAAGAUGAAUAUAGAAUAGAUGCAGCGAAACAAGAAAUGAGAUAUUUGCGUGAUUUACAAUUAGUACAAAUAAUUAUCAGUGAAAUAUUCCGUCGAAAAUCGAUUGGUCUCAUUUCGAAUAACGAAGAAAAAUCUCAGCGAAUCGAUCUAAGCAAUUUACGUCAGGAGUUGACCGAAAUACCUGAUUGUGCAGAGAAAACUAUAAUGGAAUUGUUAGUAUAUUUUCAUCAGAGAUUAUUGGGUGAUGAUAUAAAUGAAAAUACGUUAGAUUCGAUCCAGUUGAAAUUAACUAAAGUACAAACUCAGCUUCAGAAUGAAGAACUAUUUUCGGAACAGAUGAAAAUGAAUCUUCAAGAGGUAAAUCGAACAAUGUAUAAUCAGGACUGUUCAUCUACGCUCAACAACUUAAAUAAAAUCUUGAAAAAAAUUCGACCUUUAAAUCUACAAGAAAUACGACGACACAUUAGAAGAUCCGAACAAACAGCUGCUUUGAUUCAUGAUAAAGACAUCGUUCUCUUAAUAGGUAUCACAGGUAGUGGAAAAUCAACAACUGUUCAGUUUCUCUCAGGUGCUAAAAUGAAACAAAUGCGAGUAGAAAUCGCUCCUGAAAAGUUUUUAGAACAUAUCACUAUAGAUGGACCUGUCACCAAUCCUGGAUUGAUUAGUGUAAAAAGUAGUCCAUUCAGUAAGUCAGAAACUCGCUUUUUAGUUCCAGUUACUAUUUCCUUAAAAGAUAUCAUUGGUCCUUAUGAGACGAACGAAAUGAUUCUAUGUGAUGCACCAGGUUUUUGUGAUACAGAAGAUCCUGAACUUGAUAUUGCCAAUAUCGUGGGUGUGAUCGCUGUUCUGAAAGGUUGUAAAAGUGUUAAAAUCUUAGCUCUAUCCAGUUAUCGAAGUUUAGGAGAUAGAGGAGAAGGUAUUCAAAAAUUAGCACAUAUUUUAAUCAAUAUGAUUCAUGGAUUAGAAGAUCGACUCGAUGCGAUUUUGUAUGGAUUUACAAAAUAUCCAUCAAAAGUAGAUAUUCAUGCAAUUCUGAGUGAUAUUAAGACUUCACGAGUAGAUUCAGAUCCUCUAUUACGAUCCAAUAGUGCAUUCGUAGCAGUAUUGACUGAUAUGAUUGAGAAAACACGACAUGAUGCAAUGACAAUUGAUCCUCUUGAUGGAAAUCCAAAGAGUAUUAUCCAAAAACUCAAGAAUCUCAAAAGUAUUCGUUAUCCAGAUGAAGUCUUUCAAUUUUCUAUUAGUCAUGAGACAGAAGUAGUCAUAUCAAAUCAAAUCCAACGAUACAAAUGUAGUAUUAUCUAUGCAUUAAAACAUAAAAAUGUUUCCCUUCUUUUGUACUAUCUGAAUCAAUUCAAAUUGUUAUCUGAUAUAAUACAACAAAGUGUUGUUCAAGAUGGAUAUAAAGAUUCGUUACGAUUGAUUAGUGAAAAUAUUCAAGAAUUUUGUAGUAAAGUAAUCGAACAGCUAAAUCGUCUUUUGAAAAAUGAAGAUAAAUUGAAAAAUGAAGAUAUUCAAGAAUAUCAAAUGGCACAUGAUUAUAUUCAACGAAUCCAACAACUCAGAGAUCAUUUGGGAUCUAAUCUAAUAUCCGUUGAUAUAUUUAUAGAAAAUCUUCGUUUUGAACUAGAAAAUAUUGGUGUUACUCUCGAUCUAUUCAAUCCUUCGAUCGGUAUCUAUUUAGAUAAUUUUCAUUUUCUUCAAAAUUCAUUUCAAGAACUACAAUCUUCAUAUCUAAAAUAUUGUGAAGAUUUAAACCAACGUUUUGAAUUGACAUUCGGACAAUCAAUUGUAGAAUUGAUUUCAAAAAAUGGGUUUAAACAAUUAACUGAGAUUCUCGACCAAAUACUUCAAUGCAUACCGAUAUUAAAUGAUCAUUUAAAUAGAAAAAUCGAGAACAAAUAUCACGAAAUAAUCAAAAUUAUUAUAGAAAAUUUCGAAAAGAUUUCAAAUCGAUCAAAUUCUCUUUUACUGCAAAUAAAUUUAACUGAUAACGAUAUUGAUAAUCUUCAAAAUGAUUUAUUCUUAUUAAAAUUAGCAAAAGAAACACCAUUACUUGAAAAUCAAUUAUCGAAAAUCGAAAAUAUGAAAAAUUUAAACGAAAUUUAUGAUGAAGUAAUUCGAAAAGUGAUGAAAUAUGUUGAUGAAAUUAUUUUCAGAAUAAAAGAACUUUUAGAUAAAAAUGGACAUCAUUCUUUUGAUUCUGUUCAACAUUUUUAUCAAAUGAUAGAAAAUAUUCGUUUAUCAAUACGAAGAUUACAAAGAGAAAUUGAAGAAAUACUUUAUAAUUUAGAUUUUCAAUCUAAUACAAUUAAUAUUCGACCACUUUCACGUGAUAUUCGAGAAGAAUUAAUUGAACAUAUUGAAAAAUAUGAAUCAGAUUUAAGAAAAUUGGAUUUAAAUUUACAAUAUCCACAAAAUAUUCCAUUAGCUCACGACAUUCUGGAGAAAAUCGAUUUAAUGAAAGAUUUAGAACGUAGUCUUCCGGAAUUAAAAAUACAUCGAGAACGAAUAAAUGAAUAUUUUCUUCAGAUAAUACGAGAUAAAUUUCAGUCUAUUCAUCGAAAUUUUAAUUUAUCUGAAAAAACUCUUGAUCAUUUGGAAAAUGAAAUAAAAGGAUUAAAAGAAAUGCAGAAUAAAUAUGAUAAUUUAUAUCCACCUAUGCGUUAUUUACGACAAUCAGGUUAUUCGGAUAUAAAUCAAUUAAAUGAUCAAAUGAAAAUAAUUAAAAUUCAACAUGAAAAAGAAAUUGAAGAAGCUGAAAGUGAAAAGAAUCGAUUAGAUUUCGAAAUCAAAGAACUUCAAUCAAUAAUUCAACAAUAUGAACAAUUCAUACUUUCCAAAGUUUCAAGAAAUCUUUUUGGUCGUGUUAUAAAUAAAAUAACAAGCGGAUCUCAACGAACUGAAAAUCAACUCAAUGAUUAUUUAAAAGAAAAAGGUUAUUCAAAUAUAACAAUUGUCAAAGAAAAAUUCAAACUUAUUCAAACGACUUCUGAACAAAUCAUUGAAAUGAUAACAAUAAAUAAAACAGAUUUUCAUCAUAAUUUAAUACAUCUUGAAUCUAUUAAAAAAGAAUAUCUAUUUUUGGUCGAUCAAUAUCAAUCAAUCUUUUUGAAAGCAAUUCAUUUUCUAAAUGAUCAAGGAUUUGAAAAUUAUCAAUUAUUAGAAAGAAAAAUUGAAGAAAAAACGAAUUAUCUUAAUGAAUAUGAAAAACAGAAACAGAUCUAUUAUUUCCAUGAUGAAUUUGAUGUAUUAAUGACAAAUAAUGCAUUGAUUUAUAUUAAUCAUUGUGAAAAAAUAACACAUAAUGAUAUAAGACAAUUGGCAAGUGAUACAAAUGAAUAUUUAAAAAAAUAUAUUCUCGAAUAUGGAAGUUUUCUUCAAAAAGAAAUUGAAAGAUAUUUUAAAUAUAUCACCAAUAUAGAUAAGACUGAUUAUAAUUAUUAUUCAAAAGGAUUAGAAAAGUAUUUUCGUCAAUUAAUAGUACUUGAAAAAUAUUCAUUGGUUUUUGAAUAUCUAAAUGGAAGAAAAAAACUUGGAUAUUGGCAACGACAAUUUCUCACUUAUCAUCAUACGCUUCUUUAUCAAAUUGAAGAAGAUAAAAUCAAUGGAAGAUAUAAAGACUUUAAACAUCGAUUAAUUAUUAUUCAAUCAUUAAUUUGUUUAGAUCAAUUCUUUACGGGAAUGUUAGAAAUAAAUAAAUUUGAAAUUUCAUAUAAACAAUAUCAAUUAGAUUUAAUUAAAAUAUCUGAAGAAGCAUAUCGAAUAGCACUGGAUGCGAUUUCAAAAGAAGAUUUUAUUAAUGUUGAUUUUAAACUUUCAGAUAUUAUAGAAACAGUACCAAAUUCAAGAAUUAUAUCACAUAUUAAAAAAAAAACAAUGGAAUAUCUAAUUCGUACAUUACAAGAAUUAACUAAUCAUUAUCGAUCAGAAUCUGUUGAAAAGAAUAUUGAUGAUAUGAAGAAAAGAAUUAGUCAAUUACCUAAUGAGAUUUUACAACAGUAUGAUUUUGUCGAUAUUAAUAAAUAUUUAAAAGAUUCACCACAAAAUCUUUUACAACAAUUAAAAAUAGUCUCAUCAAAUGGUUAUCCAAAGUAUACUAAAAUUUAUCAUCUUCUUUUAGAAAAACUUCGAAUUAAUUUUUCUCUUGCGAUAAAUAAUGUUAAAGAUAAUAUUAUAUUUGGUCGUUUAGCUAAGAUGCUCACAAUUCGAGAUACUUUUUAUCUUUUACCAGAAGAACUGAAAAUCAUCUUCCAAACUGAUAUUAAGGAAGUAGAUCAAAUGAUUAGAAAGGAAGUUAGAAUACCCGAAUUUGAUUAG